AUAUUGAACUUGAUUAAUUUACUAAAUUAAGAGGAAGCAUGUUUUAGCCAAAAUUGCACCACAUACCAACAGUUUUUGUUUUCUAUCUGCUGGGUUUUUGACCUCCCCCCUGAAGUCCCUAAAGAGGGUCAAACGACCCUGAUACCAAACUAACGACUCUGAUGGCUCAAAUUAGGAUCCCUUCUUCAAUUGUAAAUGUGGCCGUUGACCGUCAGGCCAGAAGGUAGGAGUGGAAAAUCAUACAAAAAGUGUAAACAGAAGAGAUCUGGAAGACUUUGCACAUGUAAAUUUGCAUGCAGCCUUUUGUGCUGUGGAGUAUAAAUAAGGGACUGCUUCACCUAUUUAGUUCACAAGAAACAAAAUGCAGACGAGGUGCACCACUCAGAAGGCAUUGGAACUGAUUCAGAGCAGUGCCAGCCCUUGGGAUUCAGAUGGAGAAGACAUAGACCUUCAACCGGAUUCGGACUCUGAGCUGUCUUCAGAUGAGGAGACUCUCCCUCCACCACAAAAGAGAGCUCGUUUGGGGAGUGAGCCGUCACAGACCGCGAAAGAUGGCACAGUGUGGCGUGAAGAACAAGUGGGGACACAUCUCGAUUUCACUCCAAUAGAACCGUACGCCACAGAUGGAGAGCCAAGCGCUGAGGCCAGACGAAGUAUCCAGAGUCGCCUUCAGAGCUUCCUCUGUUUUAUCACUCUUGACAUGCUUCGUAGCAUUCAAGAAUGGACAACUCAACAUGCACGUCAGGAGCAGCAGGAUUGGUUCAUGGAUCUCCCGGAACUAAUGGCAUUUAUUUCCGUCGUCAUCUUGCGGGGGGUGAACAAGGUUCCAUCGCUAUGUGACAGCUGGUCAGCAAACCUGGGAAACCCAAGGAUCAUUGCAACUAUGGCCCGAAGCCGCUUCCAAAACAUCAUGCGACACCUACGCUUUGAUGACAUGCUUACACGCAGUGAGCGAGCGGAGACCGAUAAGUUUGCUGCAAUCUCCGAUGUUUGGGGAUCGUUUGUCACUAACUGCAUCGCAUCCUACAACCCCGGUCGACACAUCACUAUUGAUGCACAGCUUUAUCCAUCAAAGGCUCGCUGCUGUUUCCUGCAAUACAUUGCAACAAAACCGGACAAGUUUGGCAUCAAGUUUUGGGUGGCUUGCGACUUGAAAUCACAGUACAUCUGUAAUGCCUUCCCAUAUCUUGGCAAGGACCCCAAUCGUCCCAGCGGGGAGAGACUGUCCGAAACUGUAGUGAUGAGGCUGAUGGAACCGUUCAUGGACAAGGGCAGAACUGUAACCACGGACAAUUUCUUUACAUCACUGUCACUUGCACAACGACUGCUUAGCCGGAAAACCACUAUCCUCGGCACAGUCAACGAGAGAAGCCGGGAAAUUCCUCAAUCCGCUAGACAGAUGGAUCGCACUGAAUUCACCACUCAGGUGUUUUCAACCACUGGUGCCACGCUGACAGUGUAUGCGCCCAAAAGGAAGAAGGCCGUUUACAUUCUCAGCAGCAUGCACAGCGUGGUUGAGACUGAGGAUACCACCAAAAGGAAGCCAAACACGGUCACACAAUACAACAAAACAAAGAGUACCAGGGUUUUCGACCUCUCCCCUGACGUACCGAAACAGGGUCGAAAGACCCUGAGUCCAAACUGA